ACGUGGAAAACGUUCAUGCAAUAAACAGUUGACUGGACCGUAAGGAGAGAAGGUGGUUCAGCUCUCCAACUCCUGGGGGCGCCUUUUAUUGUCAAAUACCUCCUUUGCAGAGUUACGUGGAAGGGCAGACCCACACCAGACGCAAGCAAAUAAUAAAGGAUCUUCAAAAACCUGAGACAGGAGAAGUCACGGCAAUGCUGUACAGACACAGACACAGUUACAUUCAUACUCAUUUGUGACGAUCAUUGCAAAUGAGAGCUCCGGAAAGUGCAUCGAGUUGACAAGCAUAUGGGAUAUAUAUUUUCACCCCAUUGGAAAAACGUUAUCCAUUAAAUCGGGAUCAAGAAAAGGACUUCAUAUGACUUGAAAGAUUUUCAUUCGUAAGAAGACCCAGAUUCGUGGCUUUGCAAAGGUGACGUUGUCUGUAUAGUUCCGUAAAAGUGAUGCGUAAAAGCCCGGAGUAUUGCGCGUCGUACAACCUUACCCAAUUGACCCGCAACCGUUAUCAGGGGAACAUGAUCGUGUAAAUACUAGAUAUUAUUUAAUGUGUUUAUUUUUGUCCUUUUAUUUUGUCAUAUCUGUUCUCCACUUGAAUGCAAACAAUGCAGGUUCUACUGUUUGCCACGGUGUUUUUCUAUAUUAAAGACUUCGUCUCUGCUGAUCCCAAACCAAAAUGCCCAGAGCGGUGCGACGUGAGCACUUGCCCCAGCCCUAGCUGCCCGAUGGGAUACGUUCCAGACCGAUGCAACUGCUGCCUGGUUUGUGCCCAGGGAGAAAGCGACCCAUGCGGGCGCAAAGACGAUCUACCCUGCGGCGAUGGACUGGAAUGCAAACACCCGGCCGGCAAACGGCUCUCUAAAGGGUUUUGUCAGUGCAAAUUAGGUCACAAAGUAUGCGGCAGUGAUGGCAAUACCUAUGGGAACGUGUGUCAGUUGAAGGCCCAGAGUAGAAAGGCUCUGCAACAGGGGCUUUCAGCCAUCAGUUCAGUCCACAAGGGACCAUGUGAAAUAAACCAUAACAAAGGUACUUCCCAUCCGACCAGUCCCAGGUACAAGUUUAACUUCAUAGCUGAUGUGGUGGAGAAGAUUGCACCAGCUGUGGUCCACAUCGAACUCUUCCUCAGGCAUCCUCUGUUCGGUCGGAACGUCCCUCUGUCCAGUGGGUCGGGCUUCGUGAUGUCAGAAAACGGUCUGAUCGUGACCAACGCCCACGUGGUGUCCAGCACCACCCCAGUCUCUGGACGUCAGCAGCUCAAGGUGCAAAUGCAAAACGGCGAUGUCUAUGAGGCAACUAUCAAAGACAUUGACAAGAAGUCGGACAUCGCCACCAUUAAAGUCAACCCCAUGAAAAAGCUCCCCGUGCUGCUACUGGGCCACUCGGCCGACCUUCGGCCUGGAGAGUUUGUGGUUGCCAUCGGCAGCCCUUUCGCGCUCCAGAACACAGUUACCACGGGGAUAGUGAGCACUGCCCAGAGAGACGGCAAAGAGCUGGGCAUAAGAGACUCUGACAUGGAUUACAUACAGACAGACGCCAUCAUCAAUUAUGGAAAUUCAGGUGGACCACUCGUUAACUUGGAUGGAGAGGUGAUCGGUAUCAGCAGUGAUCCAUUUCCUAGUCAUAACACUGUGUUGCGUUGUCUGUCUGACUGCCACCAGGACGGGGAAGUGAUUGGCAUCAACACGCUGAAAGUGGCCGCUGGGAUCUCCUUCGCCAUCCCCUCUGAUAGGAUAACACGCUUCCUCAACGAAUCAAUGGACAAGCAAAGCAAAGAAGUGAGAUCACUUAAGAAACGGUUCAUUGGAAUAAGGAUGCUCACCAUCAACUCGAUGUUGGUGGAGGAACUGAAGCAACAGAAUCCAGACUUCCCAGAUGUCACAAGCGGAAUCUACGUCCAUGAAGUGGUGCCUCACUCUCCCGCACAGAAGGGUGGCAUCAGAGACGGUGACAUCAUUGUGAAGCUGAAUGGCCAUCCUUUGAUGACCACUGCCGACCUACAGGGGGCGCUCACAGAGGAGACUGCUCUUUUGCUCGAGGUCAGGCGGGGCAACGACGACCUGCUUUUCAACAUCCAGCCGGAUGUCAUUAUGCAGUAACUCUGACGACAAUGACUCACAAGUGUACAGAAAAUCCGUUUUGUAAUCUGAAUGCUCUGUAACUGUUACAACGUCACUAAACGAAUGCAGCCGCUGUAAAAAGAGAAGACCCGAGUGGAGAUUCAACAUCUGGUUUUCAAGGGGAAACUGAUGCUGUAUUGAAUAUGACUGCAUGCCUGAAACCCGGAUGUUUUUGUUUUCUCAAGAUUUCACGGAGGGUGAAACAACAUACCAGCAACGCCCUCGUUUAACACCAAGCCUUACAUUAUGCAUUAACAAUGAAAUCCAUAGCGUGAAACCCGGGAGACUGAAAAAGUGUAACGAACAAACAAAUAGAUAACUUUGGUUGAGAGCCCUUGACACUGAUAAAGCUGCCCCAAUAGACUGAGCUAAAGCCAGUUGGGUAUUUGUUUGUCCACCUAAUGGUUGAGGUUAGGAUUUGAGAGGGCACAUUUUUUUCUAGAUCUGUGCCUGAAGGGUAGCUUCUUACUAAUCAGGGCCUAUGGUAAUAUGAAUAAUAAAUGUAAAAAAAAAGGGGGGGAUUGUGAUUUUUGCUGGAAAUGAUGGGUAAACAAUAGAGAUUUAGUGACUCUCGCUUGGGAAAUUCCCCAAGAAAGCAGCCCGUAGCCUGGAUGCAUUUUUCCAGGCAUAAACGUCGGAACGCCCAGGAAACUGAAACACUUGAUUUUUAUGGUUGUGCAGUACACGUAUGUGUUUGACUAUCAUAAACAUGUUUUUGUCAAAGCAGGCUAGCUGUUUUAUUUUUAUUAUGACAAAAGUGUACAUUAUUUUAGCAUAAUAGUUUAUUCAAAGAUUGUUUCAUUGUCAAACUGCUUUAGUAGCCUUUCAUCUGUACAGUAGAAGUAAUUUUUAUACAUACAAGCAGCUAUGGCUUCAAUGCUGUCUGUUCGAAAACAUUCCAUAACCAACUGUGAAUGUUGUUGUUUUUGAUCAGUUAUAAGUUAAAAGAAAUACCACAUUUGGUAAGAAAUUGUCAGUUACUGAAUUAAAAUAAAGAACAUUUUAUCAACUGGCAUCAAAAUGUUAGCAAAUGUUGGAUUUAAUCUCAUUUCCUGGAUUCUUGCAUUAAGAAUCCUGCAAAUAGUAACAGUACAAUAAUGUCCCUAAGAAACUAUAAAUCAGUUGUGAACGUGUUAUGAACCUUCUACCGAACUGACUUGUAUUAAUAGCAUAAAUAAAUGUGCUUUGCAAAUUAAGUUAACCA